AUGGCUCCGAAGAAGCACUCUGAAGGAAUCGCUUUACUGUCCGUUUACAGUGAUGAGGAUGACGAAGAGAUGGAAGACGCCGAGGAAGAGGAAGAAGAAGAAGAAGAGCAGAGAAAUAAGGAAGAAGGUGAACGAAUUAUUGAUGAGGAUCAGCUAGAAGACGCUAAUUACAUGGAUGAAGAGAGAGGGAGAGGAGAAGAUUCUAGAACGCCUAAGGUCCUAGAUGGUGGAGCUUCUAGCGCACACGCGACGCCUAGGUCACUCGACAACGACGAAUCAUCGAGACCCGACUGGCCAAGUCGAACGAUUGAUGAGUCUGGGAUUGCGGAUGGUGAGAGAGCUGAUGAUGCGUCAGGGGAAAGUUCCGAUACGUUGUUGGAUCAGUUUCUACCGCCGCCACCGAGAGAGAAGUGCUCGGAGGAGCUUCAAAGGAAGAUAGAUAAGUUUCUGAGCUUGAAGAAGAUGGGGAAGAGUUUCAAUAGCGAAGUGCGUAAUAGAAAGGAAUACAGGAAUCCAGACUUCUUGGUGCACGCAGUGAGUUAUCAAGAUAUUGAUCAGACUGGUUCUUGCUUCAGUAAAGAUGUAUUCGACCCCAAUGGGUAUGACCCAAGUGACUUCUGUGAUGCAAUAGAAGUUGACAUGAAGAACGAGAGGGAAAGGAAGGAACAAGAAAGCAAGAAGAACCAAAAGCUUGACUUUGUUUCUGUCGGUACUCAACCUGCUACUGUUUUCGCUGCUCAAAAGCCUAACAUCCCCAUCCCAGGCAUUCCAGCUUUAGCUACUAGUGGACUGCCCUCCAUACCAACCGAAGUCGCUGCUCGUGAUGGUAGGCCGAUCAAGAAAUCGAAAUGGGAUAAGGUUGAUGGAGACGUGAAGAAUCCAUCUCUACCAGCUGCGACUCAGGAUUCCCUAUCCUCAAUCCGGUCUAGUGCAGCUCUUGUAUCGGCUUCAAGUGCUGGUUCUGGAUACUCAGCUUUCGCGUAA